UCCCCGCUGUGGAGGGGGUUGUGAUGGGGCUGGCCGUGCGGGGGGCGGUGGGCGGGGCUCUGUGGGGGCUGGCGGCGGGCGACGCCCUCUCCAUGCCCGUCCACUGGUACUACGACGUGCGCCACAUCCACCGCGACUUCGAGGGCUGGAUCAGCGGUCUGAGGGCCCCCCGGGGCCGGCACCCCUCCAGCAUCCUAGCCCUGUCCAACCCCGCGGGCAGCGGGCGGUCCUCCUGGUCCCCGGCGCGGGGCGGUCCGGACGUGGUCGGGACGGUCAUCCUUCACGACAAGCUGGCCUUCUGGAGGAAAGGGGGGGGCGUCCACUACCACCAGGGCAUGGCUGCCGGUGACAACACGCUGAAUGCGCUCUGUGCUCUGCGCGCGGCGCUGGUCCUGGCCCAGGGCCCGGACCCCCCGGGGGCCCCCGGGGCCCGAGGGGCCGUGCUGGCCGACUACGUGGCCUUCCUGACCGCCCCCCGCACGCACAACGACACCUACGCAGAGUCCUUCCACCGCAGCUUCUACUCGGACUGGAGGGGACCCAGACCCACCUCCCCGGACCAGGUCCUGGAGUUCGCGGAGCAGAGGUCUGAGAAGCUGAUUGGCUCGUCGCCCGACAGCCAGCUGGACGCCAUUGGCUGCCUGCCCAUGGUCAUCCCCUUUGUGCUGCUGUCGGCCUCGGCCAAUGAGGAUCAGGCGGUGGCGGCGGCGGUGGCCAUGGUGCGGCUGACCCACCCCCACCCCGGGGUGCCGCGCUACGUGGAGCUGUACGCCCGCGCCCUCCACGCCACGCUCCAUGGGGCCAGCCUGCAGCACGCCGCCCGCCGGGCCCUCGGCGGGCCCCUGCUGGACGCCUGGGGGGCCUGCGGGCCCUACAGCCGGCAGGCGGCCAGGUUGGCCCCUGAGGAGAGGCUGGGGGUUCAUCAGAAGGCUGUGGAGACUCUGGGCAUGGCGUGCUACACGAAAGGAGCGCUCAGCAGCCUGUUCUAUCUGGCCCAUGAGUUCCACGGAGACUUUGAGGGCGGAGUCCUGGCCAACACCAACUGUGGAGGGGAGAACUGCAACCGCGGUGCGGCGCUGGGGGCCCUGCUGGGGGCCCGGGCCGCCUACUGCGGGGGCCCCCUGCCCCAGGCCUGGAGGGACGGCCUCCCCCACGCUCUGGACUACAUCCCCCGCAUCCUGGAGGCCUGGGGGGCCGGGGGCCCCUAGGGGGGGCCGGGGGCCCCCAGAGAGGGCCUGGGGCCCAUAUGGGGGGUGGAGGAGUCCUGGGGAUCCUAGGGGGGAGGAGUCUUGGGGCCCCUAGGGGGGAGGAGU